CGGGAUGCAUGUAUUCAGCUGGACUAUCAUCGUAGCCGCCGUGUCUAGGUUCGCAUUUAGCGACACGACCUGUGCAGCACAAAGAAUUCCAAUGGACGGCAAGAGAUUCAAGUCCGCAUACUUCAUGCGCAAGCAAGAGAAGGAAGACCUGAAGGAGGAAAUCCGCAGACUACGAAGCGAAUUGGCACAACUGAACCCCCUCCCGCAAACUACUGCGGAAAACACUUUCAUCCAAACAAUUAUCCGCCAGCAGCAGCUUGGUGUCGCUAGUAUACAAUCCGCCAUGCCCCACCUUCUGCAAACGCAUCCUCUGUAUUCACGCAUCUGCCUGAAAAAGAACUGGGAGGACCGAAGUGCGACGCUCGCCGCUCUUCAAGACACGAAGUUUAAAGCGGCGUAUGAGUACGUCAACGUCCGCAGUCCGAAGGCUCAGCCGCAACUCUCCGAUGAGCGCUUUGAGACAGCAAAGGGCGAUGUUUGCUGCGACAUCUUCCAAACGGUCCAUUUUCCAGACGUCAAGUCCUUGCAGCAAGUGUAUGAUGCCUUGUUGUUCAGUGUUCACAAUGCGGAGAUCAGUAUUUCCGAGCGCUUGGGUCAUGUGACGGUCCGUGACGACUACGAAGGGAUCGGUGGCAACAUUUUUAAUGCUCGAAUUGUAUCGAGGAACGAUGACGGUGUCGGUACGGAGCUCAACUGUGUCAUGAUGUCGCAGCUUUUUAAUGGCACCGAGGGUGUAAGUAGAGGGGAACCCUGUGGUCUGGUGGUACUUGAUUCAGUCGAUGAAGACCAGUUAUAUCCAUACUCACCGAGUGAGCGCAUUCGCAAAGACGUCUCUGCAGCUUUCGUGCUAGCUAUGCACCAACCAGAGAGACAGACACCGGGUUCUCAACCAGCAAGCGGUGACAAUGGAUUGGUUAUAACACUGCGACGUGCUGCCUUUGUGAAAAUCUACCGACCAGAAUUCGAGAUAUCCGAGGCUGUCUGGCAGAAUGUGCUAUGGGAGACUACUCGGUGGGGCGACGUUUUGAUCAAAUCUAUUCGCAGCAUCUUGUACUCGAUUCCGUAGGGGUAUUCGAGAAACAGCACGGAGAACGAGAGCUGCUACAAGACCACAAGAUUAGCAUUGCAAAAGACUGAACUACGAACAUUUGGUUAAGGCGCCGUGUGCCAGCUAGCGUAUCGGUUGUGCCAAUGUUACAUAUCGGGAAUGUAGUAGUUCAAAACUGGUUUCAUC